CCCUCUUUCCCUCAGUCUCCCCUCCUCCCACUUCCUCUUCCCAUUUCCAUAUGUCCCACCACCAGACACCUCUGAGGGAAGAAAGUGCCGCCUCCUCUCAGGGGACCGGAGUCUUGACACCUCUCCCUCCACCUGCCACAGUCUAGACACAACACCUGUCUCUAACUAGAGUCGGGAAAGGCUGGGGCUGAGAGGCUAACAAAGGAGGGCAGUGGCAGAAGUCCCCACUCCCUGGGUCAAAGGUCAGCCAUAGGUAUUCUGCAUGGAGCCCCCACAAUCUUGUUCUGGGCCUGAAGGCUGGUGAUCUGGACACAGAGUACAAAAAGGCCCGGGGUCACGCCUCUCCCACCACUGGGUCCAGAGGCUGUCUUUGUCAAAGGGCACCCAGGAUCAGGAUGUCAUCUCCAAAAAGCAGGUCAGCACAGAUACCUCCUGGCUCCUCUACACGCCUCCUCAGUCCAGCAUCCCUGAUCCAGGACUCCAGCCGCCUCCACUCUGUUUCUCACCCCCAAAUCCCAGCCACCGUCAGGGUUUUCUUCCAGAGGAGCAAAUCCUCAACUGGCCAGCCCUUCCCACACAAGUGCUUCUUACUUCAACUGCCUCCUAGCCCCGUCCCCACCAAGUCCCACCUGGACCUGGGGGAGGAAGGAUAAAGUGAGGGGGUCAGACAUGACAGCGAGAGGGAUUUGGGGGGCUCAGGAGGUGGAGAGUGUCGGUAAGGCUGACUCCAGCCUUCACUUCCCCUUUCUCAGCAGAGGAGGAAGUAAGCUGGGGCAGCCAGCCGCCUGUCUGUCUGCUGGGGCAAGAGUGCCCCGGCUUGGCUCACCCCCUCCUCCUCAGGGUCAGCCUCAGCUCUGCACCCUGGCAGCACCCCUACUCCUGGCUUCCUGGCCCCCACUGGCAACCUGCAACUGGCAUCUCCUGUUCCUUGAGACAGAGCAUUCUGAGGUCAGGGGCCGGGAAUCUCAGAUAUUGAGCAAACAAGGAUGCCCUCUCUCCCAGCAAGAAAAAAGACUGGACUGGUCAGGGGAAUUUUCUCUUCCUAGUGCCCCAGGAACUUGCCGGAACCAAGGAUGGGGAAGGAUGUUGGUUGAACCUCUGGCGCCCCCUCCACGGAGAAUAGAUGGACAGGAGUUGCGGUAUAGAUCUUCCUUAGGAUGGUGGGGUGGGGGUGCAGUGAGCAGGGCUGGAAGUGGGGAAGGGGUGCGCAGAGCCCCUGUUGCUCUCCCCUUUGGGGGGUGGUUAUUAGGUAGGCUUGGGGAAGGCGGAGUUUGGGGGGCCGGAGGCGGGGCUCCUGCGCUGGGAAGAAGAGGGGGGGCGCGCUGGCUCCAGCUCGGCUCAGACAAAAGGCGGCGGCGGGAGCGGGCGGGAGGCGGAGCGGCGCCGCGAGGGCCUCAAGGUGACACCCGCCCCCGGCCCCGGCCCCCCCAGCCCGGCCCCCCAGCCCGCCUCCUCACCCCCAGCCCCCAGCCCCUUACCCCCGGUGCCCUUUCCAGGCCCCCUCCCCCCGGCGGGGGGUGGGGAGCAGCGAGGGCCCCGCCCCCUCCCGCCCCCUCCCCUGGGCCCGCGCAGGAUGCCCGCGGCCCCCGGCAGCCCCCCGGGAGGCCCUGAGCUCGAGGCGCCCCCUCUACGCCAU